AUGACUUCUUUUUGCCUAGCCAUUGCGGCUAGGCCAUUCAUUUCGGUACAUGAAUCAUUAUUCCGUUAUCGAUGCAUAGCAGAAGCACCUAAUCAUGUCAGUCGCUUCCGAAAAGAGCAAGUAGAUAUGCAUGACACCUACCCGGAGAUAUCCCGUUUCACUCGUCAAAAAUGCCGGAGUUAA